AUGAGUGUUAACAGGCGUUACAUUUCGUUUCUUGCAAUCUUGAUUGGUUCGUUCUUUGGAUAUUACAUGGUAUUCAAGUCACCCUACUCUAUUAGUCAAGUCCGCGCCCUCGUUCAUAAUCAAGAUCGAAACAAUACUGCGAACCCUACGGAAAGAGUUGCUACCAACACUGCGGACAUUGCUGGUGAUGAACGCCUCCCAAUCGGCCAUUAUGUUUCUAGAUUUGACUCUGUAAUUGGAAAAGAGUUCAUUUUUGAAAAUUCAACUUUAGCUGUGGUGAGAAGGGUUCUUCGGGAUCAAACAUUCAAGCGAAAGCCAAUCGAGUCCAUCGAUGCCAAGACGCCUUUUUUCGAUCUCGUGGCUCCUGUAACUGCGUGUUCAAGUAACCACUACGGAGAAUUCAAACCUCACAUCGAAGAUUUUAGAAAGAAUUUCCCUGAUAAGAAAUGUUAUUUUUACGAUCUUGGACUUAGUGACGAGCAGAUCAGUGAAGUUAGAAAGAUGCCUGACAUUGUGUACAGAAAAUUCGACUUUAAUGCGUACCCACAACACAUUACUAACUUGCGUAAUUAUGCUUGGAAAGUGCUGAUAAUUCAAGAAAUGCUCUCUGAAUUUGACGGAACAAUGUGGUUUGAUUCAUCUGUAAAAUUCAAUGGAAACCUAACCAAUGCUCUAAUAGAACUUAUGUCCCGCCACAACACCGGAGCAGUGUUUUAUCUCAGGACAACCGGCCACUCCAUAAUAGCAGCUACUCAGCCGGGAAUGCUGGAGUACUUACCGAUUAUAAAAGAAGGCGGAGUUAAGGACAUGCUUCAGGCUAGUGCAGUGGUUUACAUCAACAAGGAUGAAGUACAAAGGCAUAUAAUGAAAUGGCUUGUGAUAUGCGCCCUCCAAUUGGACUGUAUCGCACCACCUGGUUCAAAAUUAUUUUGUGGGUAUCAUUUUCCUCGAGACAGGUUUGGGGGUUGUCACAGAUAUGACCAGUCUCUGCAAAAUAUACUUGUCUCAAACGCUUAUAACCAUGAACAAGAGAAAUACCAUUACUGGAGUGACGAUUUUGCCGUUAUGAGACGGGGGUAAUUUUCCUCUCGCCCCAAGUAAGGGAAUCCAAGACAGUCUUGCAUUCUAAAUUCCACGCCGUGAAUUCCGGAUUCCAGGUACUAGAUUUCAGUCUUUGAUUCUGGGUUCCAAUCGUUGGAUUCCGGAUUCCAAAGCCCAGGGGGAACGAUCCAUUCAACUAAAAUUUCCGAAAAUUUCGGUCCAAAACUCAAUGGAUCGGUUCGGUCCAAUAGGAAAAGUUUCGAAAAAACUGGUCCACCUUUUAAGGUGGACCACUUUUUCCGGUUGGACCGGUCUGAUCGAAAAAUGACCGUACCAUUCGACCAUUCCGACCCAUUCUCAUUCCCAGUGCCUCACGGUUGGGUACUUCCUGGGUGUUACCAUUUGGCAAAAAAUGGCGGCUUCAGAUUACAGACUACCGGUGCAGAAUUUGUGAC